AUGAGCACUGAUCCUAGCUCUGCCAUUACCACUCCAAACGACAGAUACAUUGAUGAUCAUGACAACCAAGUCUUCUUAUCAUCUGUCCCAACAUUGGAAUCGACCAACUCGGCCGGAUAUCAGAUGACAAAUACACCGAAAGAUGAUUCUCAACCAUACCCAAGUCUCCCCAAUCACGACGAACAGGUUUUGGAUGCCGUUCUGGCGGGUGAGGAAAUCAGCUUGGACGAUAGCCAGCCUCCAACAGAUAGGCAGUACUUGGAAACGAUGAUGGAUGAACACAAUGUCGUCUUGGGCGAUUUCCAGUGGAUCAUCGACGAAGUCCAUGGACCAUACUUUGUGGACUACGCUCUUUUGGUUGACAUAAUCGACGCACUGAAGAUGAUCAACUUCGAAAGAUGCACCCCGGAAGACGCCAUCCUACUGUACGCACAUGGAAUUGAGGCGAUUGUGAAUCAAAUCAAAAUACCGGGCAAGUACUCAAUUGUGACUGUCAAUGGAGAAGGUGGGAUCAUGGUUAAUUGGCAUCAACUGCCAGCGUUGGAAUAG